GCAGAUGAGUUUGUCAACAUUUAUUAUGACACAAUGGACAAGAGGAGGAGAGUCUUAACAAAAUUAUACCUGGAUACAGCAAACCUAGUGUGGAAUGGAAAUGCAAUAUCAGGCCAUCAAGCACUUGCUGAAUGUUUUGAAAUGUUGCCUUCUAGUGAAUUUCAAGUAAACAUGCUGGAUUGUCAACCUGUUCAUGAACAAGCUACUCAAGGGCAGACCACUGUGCUUGUGGUCACCUGUGGAACAGUGAAAUUUGAAGGAAAUAAACAGCGAUACUUCAAUCAAAAUUUCUUGCUCACAGCACAAGUAGCCCCACAAAAUACCGUGUGGAAAAUUGCAAGUGAUUGUUUCCACUUCCAGGACUGGGCCAGUUAA